CACACUUAGCCCGCAAGCGGGUCACAUUAUUUUUUCUUAUUUAUCUGCAAAAACUAACGUUAAAAUAUCCAAUAAAAAUUGUAAAUUCUAAAUUGUACAUUGUUGUAAAUUAGUAACAAGCGAAGAUAAGACAAAGGCUAUGUGGAAAGCAAGUGCUGGACACCAGAUCCAGGCCACCAGUGGCCCAGCGACUGAGGAUGAUGAUUGGGAAACUGAUCCAGAUUUCGUGAACGAUGUAAGUGAGCAGGAGCAGCGUUGGGGAUCAAAGACAAUAAGCGGCAGUGGACGGACCGCUGGUGCAAUCGACAUGGACAAGCUGCGUGAGGAGACCGAGAAGUCAGAUUUGGAUAAGAAGAAGCAAUUGCUCAAGGAUCAAAAUAUUGGCUACGGCUAUGGUGGCAAAUUCGGUGUUGAGAAGGAUCGUAUGGAUAAAUCCGCUGUGGGCCAUGACUAUCAAGAAAAAGUGGGCAAACAUGCCUCACAAAAGGACUAUAGCGAUGGAUUUGGUGGAAAAUUUGGUGUUCAAUCUGAUCGUAAAGACAAAUCUGCUGUGGGCUGGGAUCACCUAGAGAAGGUCGAAAAACAUGCAUCGCAAAAAGAUUAUUCCACUGGCUUUGGGGGCAAAUUCGGCGUUCAAUCGGAUCGUAAGGAUAAAUCUGCUGUCGGCUGGGACCACAUCGAGAAGGUGGAAAAGCACGAGUCGCAGAAGGAUUAUUCUAAGGGUUUCGGUGGUAAGUUUGGUGUACAAGAGGAUCGAAAAGAUAAAUCCGCCGUUGGUUGGGAUCACGUAGAAGCUCCACAGAAGCAUGCCAGUCAGGUGGAUCACAAGGUUAAACCAAUCAUUGAGGGAGCGAAGCCAUCAAAUUUACGUGCCAAAUUUGAAAACUUGGCCAAGAACUCGGAGGAGGAGAGUCGUAAACGUGCUGAAGAGCAAAAACGUUUACGUGAAGCCAAGGAUAAAAGAGAUCGCGAGGAAGCUGCCAAGCAGACUAUUGUAGAGAAUACACCUCGAGCUUCUGGCGAGGAAAAUGGCACUUCUCCAGCGCCGGUUAAAGGUAGUCGAGCGGCAAUUCAAACAGGUCGAACUGGUGGCAUAGGCAACGCCAUCAAUGCCUUCAAUCAAAUGCAAUCACCAGCAACACCAGAUACGCCACCAGUGCGUAAAGAGCCCAUUUUUAUACCUAAGGAGCAACCAGCUAUAAUUGCAGUCGAUGCUCCAACGCCGGCAAAGGUUAAAGAAGUGGUGUUACCAGCAGAGACCCCAGCACCAAUCACUCCAGCUCCUGCUCAAGUGGUUGUUGCGGCGGCUUCAGUUCCUUCCCCGUCGCCUGCUCCUGUGACUGCUCCUCCACCAGAUGUCGUACCCAAAAUCGAGGUUGAAACUGUGGCCACGCCCCCAAGAAGUGAGCCCCAAUCUCCGGUGCAUGCAACCCAAUCGGUAACUCAUCCACAACCUCCAGCUGAACGCGAACCGGAACCAGAACCUGAACGAGAACCGUUGUAUCAAAAUCAAGCGGAGAUUAAGGCUGCUUCUCCAUUACCAGCGCCACAUUCCGUUGGUGUGCCCGCUACCUCCUCUGCCGAUACGGAUGCCAUUUAUGCCAAUUCGGACAAUCUUGCCGACUAUUUGGAGGACACUGGCAUUCAUGCCAUUGCAUUAUACGAUUACCAGGCUGCCGAUGAUGAUGAGAUAUCUUUUGAUCCCGAUGACGUGAUCACCCACAUUGAGAAAAUUGAUGAUGGUUGGUGGCGUGGCCUUUGCAAGAAUCGUUAUGGUCUUUUCCCAGCCAAUUAUGUGCAAGUGACUAAUUAAUACUCCUAAGCCCGCGUCUUAGUUGGAGUAACUGCAACAAAUUCUUCCGUUUUGAAAUUUAUGAUAGAACAAAAAUAACUCCUAAUUGUAUUUAAUUUACUAAUGAUCCGACAUAAGAUUGAUUCAUUCAUCCUACUAA